GACCCCUUAUGGUCCUCACUACAUCACCAACGCUCUGAAACCUUUCACUUCGUCACCACCCUCACCGCCGCAUCGCCACCGUAUCACCACCGCUUCAAAUUCACUCGUUUCGACCGACGAUAAUUUAUCCGAACUUCAAUUCGGUUAACAGUGCGAUCGCAAUCUCUCUCAUUCUUCGUUAUCAUCCCUACGAAAGGGUUUGUUAGCUUUGUUGACAUGUCAUCUCAAUCAGUGCCUGCCAAAAGGCCACAUGACCAGGAUGAUGCAGAACCUAACGGGAAAGGGAAAUUGCAAAAGACCACAUCGCACAAAACGACUCCAAGCAUUGUUUUCCGAAUGCUCUGUCAUGAUGAUAAAAUCGAAAGUGUUAUUGGAAAAGAUGGCAACAACAUAUCGCAAAUAUGCCAGGAAUCUGGUGCAGAAAUAACGGUUGAAGACCCUGUCUCUGGCUGCAGUGAACGAGUGAUUGUUAUUGCAGAAUCCGGGAACGAGAAUGGAAUCUCUGAUGAAAUUAAAAAAAGUAUCGAUGCAGAUGAAGAAAAGAAAGAAAAUCGAGAAACUCAGGAUAAUGAUGUAGGGGAAGAUUCGCAAUCCGAAAAGUCUUCUUCUUUGCAGAAGGGUCUGAUGCUUGUGUUUGAAAAAAUGGUUGAAAAGGAACCAGAAAUUAGUGGAGGAGUUGAAGGUUCUAACAAAGAAACUACCACAUGUGUUGUUAGGUUACUCUUACUUUCUUCUCAAGUGGGCCCACUUUUGGGAAUAUCUGGCAGUGUAAUUAAACAAUUGACGUCUGAAAGCGGGGCCCAAAUUCGGGUUCUUCCUCGAGACAAACUUCCGUCAUGUGCAUUCUCUACCGAUGAAUUGGUUCAGAUUUCCGGAGAAGUAAAUGCGGUUAGAAAAGCACUUCAAUCUGUUUCACAGCAGCUUCUAGACCAUCUGACUGGUGAUGAUUCUUUCACUGCCGAUAAAAGUGGUUCUUUUCAUUCUUUUGGUAGUCGACAAGAUGCAUACCCUCCUUUUCCUCAUGGAGAACCAUUACCUGCAGGGCCUCGUGAUGGAGGAAGUGGUACUUUUGGGGGGCGUUUUGGUCCUUUCACAGACAUGCUAACUUACCGUUUGAUAUGCUCUGAUGAGAAGGUGGGAGGUGUAAUUGGAAAAGGUGGAACUGUUGUGAAGGCACUGAAGCACGAGACUGGAUGUGACAUUAAAGUUCUUGAGAAAAUGCCCGAAUCAGAUGAUCGUGUUAUUGUCAUAUCUGGGCCGGCGCACCCAGAUGAACGGAUAUGUGCUCCCCAAGAUGCGGUUCUUCGUGUACAAACUAGGAUAUUUAAGGCUGCACCUGAGAGCAAGGCGGUGACGGCAAAAGUCAUAGUAUCUGCCCAUCAAAUUGGAUGUAUUCUUGGCAAGGGUGGUGCAGUUAUAUCUGAAAUGAGAAAGUCAACCGGGGCUUAUAUUCGUAUAUUAGGAAAGGAUCAAACUCCGCAGUAUGCUGCUGCAAAUGAAGAAGUAGUUCAGAUAAAUGGUGACUAUGAUGCAGUUCAAGAGGCCCUUAUGCAAAUAACCACAUGUUUGCGGAAUCAUUAUUUUCGAGAUGCAUUUCCCGGUUUCCUAGAUCACGGACCGCCGCCGUUUCCUGCGCCAUACAUGAGAAGGAGGGAACUCUCACCACCUGGAAGGUACCCUCCUUUUAACCGAUUUGAUGCUGGUGGCCCCCCUCCACGUGGUGGGUUUCAUCUUCAUGAUGAUCGACCUCCAUUUAUGCAUGAUCGACCAGACUUCCCCCAUCCAAUGUCUGAAAGAUUGCCACCAUGGGGUUCUCAGGGUUUUGAAGGUGGACCUUUAGGUUUCCCCGAUUUUGGAGGAAGGAGAAUGGGUGGAUUUGGAGGAGGAAACCACCAGACUAUAAUCACAAACACCACCGUGGAAGUAGUUGUGCCUCGUACCGUUGUUCCUGCUAUAUAUGGAGAGGAUGGCGGAUGUCUGAGGCAAAUUCGUGAGAUUUCUGAUGCUAAAAUCAUUGUAAAUGACCCAAAACCUGGAGCAAAAGAAACUCUGAUCAUAAUAUCAGGUACACCUGAGCAGACUCAUGCUGCACAGAGUCUCAUUCAAGCUUUUGUGAUUUGUGAGACUGAAGCUUCUUGAUAAAAUAUGCCCGUAUUGUUUCGUUCAUAAUUUUGAUAAUGGAAAUGUUUUUUUUUUUUUUUCAUAUUUCGUUACGUGGGUGAACGGUUUAGGUUCAGAUACUGCUGAUUCUGGUAUUUGGCAUGUUAGUUAAGCUUAUAAACCUUAUGGUUUUUUUUUUUUUUUUUUGUCAUUAGUUAUUUAUGUUUAGUAUUUAUGUCGGUUCUCUAGCAUUCGAUACAUGUGACUAGAUAUCUGAAUGUUUUCAUGAAUCGUUUUUGGGCAAAAGCA